AUGAACUUCACUAAUGCCACAUCCUCCACAGAAUCGGGGGAUGGGGUGAGACUGCAACAGCAGCAGCUCAAUGCUGGUGCUGGCCAGUCACCACACAUCACGAAGGAGAACAUCGAGUCGUUCAAUUACUUCCAGCUUUUCGGUCUAGGUACUCCGACCGCCUCCUCGGCGGCUGCCGCCACAGGAGGCAGUGGUGGUGGUAUUGAUGCCGCCAUCCCGGACAUCGACGUGGCGGCGGUGCGCCGUGUGUACCGCCGUCUGAGCCUGCGUUUCCACCCGGACAAGGACGACUCUGACGAGGCGCGCCACGCCUUCGAGGUGGUACACACGGCACUCGAGACGAUCAUCGACCCGACAAAGCUUGCGGCCUAUGUCAAAACUCUCGUUGAGGAAGGCGGCGGUGCUGGCGGCAGUGGGGUCCCCGGUGAGGAAGCGCGCCAGCGUCAACGAGCGCAUCAGGCUCAUGUUGAGGCCCAGUGGGCAGCCGAUAUGCUUGUGCAACGGGCACAGGAACGUCUGGCAAAGGAGGCGGCGGCGCGGCAGGCUGCCCAGGAGCGUGAGGAGGCAGCGCAAAGACUUCUGUCCGAGCUGACGAGCUCACUGAACACACCGUUUCAGUUGAUGGAGGCGGAGUUGGUGCGCGACUGGGACGUGGAUGAGGAGAUGGUGGGAAUGAAAACCAAGGAGGUAAUGAAGGUGCUGCGGCAACUGGAAUCGGCGGACGGGGCGUGGACGUCUCACGUAAUGCACGAAGGAGCGUCGCGCAAGCGAGAUCGCGAGGACACGGCACGGUGA